AUGACUCUAAUACACGGGAUCGACUACUCGGUAGUCAAUCCGGACGAUAAAUGGAAGAUACUAAAAUCGCAGUCGCGGUUUGCGCUCUGGGCCCUCCUGAUCUCGUCCGGCGUCGUCAUGCAAGGCUUUGACAUCGUAGCCGGCGGCCAGCUCGCUGCGUUGCCGGAGUUCAAAAAGCAGUUCGGCGUGCUUCAGCCCGACGGCAGCUAUCUGAUUCCGGCACACUACCUCUCGGCCUGGAACUCGAUCGCCCCGGCCACCGAGAUCGUCGCCACCUUCAUCUUUGCUCCGCUUCUCGAGAAGUUUGGCCGCAAGUGGGGCAUCCUGGCCGCGUCGAUCAUCUCGGCCGCGGGCGUCAUUCUCCAGCAGCUCGCCCCGGACUGGCAGACACAUCUGGCGGGCCGGGGCGUCAACGGCAUCGCCAUCGGCAUGAUGUUCACCAUCUCGCCGCUGUGGAUCGGCGAGACCUGCCGUCCGGAACUCCGCGGCUUCUUUCUGUGCUUUUUUAAUACGAGUAUCGUCUUCGGCCAGUUUGCCAUCGUUGUUGUUUCUCAGGGCAGCAGUCACAUCUCGGGCAAGUGGCAGUGGUGGAUGCCCGUCGUGGCUAUGUACAUUUUCCCCUUGAUCCUAACGGCAGCCUGGCCCUUCUUCCCGGAGUCCCCCUACUGGCUCAUCCGCCGCGGCCGACGCUACGAUGCCAAGAAAGCCCUACGGCGCAUCUACGGCUUCCCGGAACAAGAAUUCUACGAGAUCGAAGUGGCCCGCAUGGAAGAGGAGAUCCGCCUGACAAGCGACCUGCAUGGGCACGUCGACGCCAAACCCCCGAGACGCAUCCUGGGCGUCAACGUGGAACUCGAAGCCGAGUGCUUCGACGCGACCAACCGCAAGCGCACGUUGACCGCCAUCUUCGCGGCCUCGGCGCAGCAGAUGAUUGGCGCGACAUUCGUCAUCGGCUACGCGACCUACUUCUUCGAGCUCAUUGGAAUCAGCAACUACUUCGCUGCCUCAAUGGCGCUGUACGCCGUCAUGCUGGCCGCUAGCAUGUCGGCCUUCCCCUUGACCGAGAUCUACGGCCGCCGGUUCCUGAUCGUCGGCCCUCAGUUCGUGUUGUGUGGCAUGCUGCUCAUCAUUGGCAUCCUGGGAUGUAUCCCGGACAAGGCCAAGGCGAGUUGGGGCAUUGUGGCCUUGCUCUAUGUGUGGGCGCUCAUCUACCAGCUUUCCAUCGGCGCGACGGGGUUUGUGCUGGCUUCUGAGAUCGCGACCAUGCGGCUCCGGGCGGCGACGCAGGGUCUGAUUACUAUCACGAAUUCCAUCUGGGGCCUGAUCAUGCAGUUUACCGUCCCGUACAUGAUCAACCCGGAUGCCGGCAACUUGGGUGGCAAGGUUGGAUUUAUCUUUCUAGGAACCGGGCUGCUGGCUGGCAUCGGGGGAUGGUACCUGUUUCCGGAGACAAAGGGGCUGUCAUUCGAGAAGCUGGACGAGCUGUAUGCGAUGAAGGUGGCUCCGAUGUUCUUCAAGAAGGUCGCAGCGGAGAGUCUGGCGAGGAAUACUCCGGGAGAGCUUAUUGACAAGGAGGGGGCUGUCAGUGCGGAGCAUGUCUAA